AUCGAUUCCAAAUCGACUUUUACACGGUAGAAAAAUAUGAUCCCGCUCGGUUUUCAAAGGUCGUCGGAAAUCUAGGUGUGAAGGAACGAAAAUGAUUGAAUGAUGACGACGUGAUCUGCAGUACAGUAGUGUCCAUGUCCAAAAAAUCUAAAAAAUUUUCGGUUGAUGCUUGUUGUUCCGAAUGGUGUGCAAUAAUGCAGCCAUAGAUACGAACUCGAACACGUUUGCGACGCUUUUGUUUUUUGAUGCUCCUGUUUAUUGAUCUCGCUCUAUUAUACAGUCACAGUGAAUGUUGUGAAGUAUAGUUGAUAAUCUCUUUGCCCGCCUGGUCUCGGGAAAGUGUACAAUUCGGUACAGUUUUGAUUUCUAGUUGUAGGAGCUCCAGCUGUUUAUUCGGCGCAACAGUGAGCGUUUGUUUUGGCCCUCUUUAUUUUUUAGAAACCACACUUAUAUAUUUUCUUUGUUUGAUCAAUCAUUUCACAGCAGUUAAGUUUCUGUUCGUUAGUCAAAAAGAAAAAAUCAAAAAGAUCGAGAACGAGCACCAAAAGAAUGUCGCGGCCAAGAACAGGAAAUGAGGACGUGGAGCAAGGAGCUCAAAUCCACCUGCUCUCGGAUGAAGUAGAGGCUCCUCCUGGGGAGCAAGAUGAGAGAGUUCCUACUUGCUUUCGAAGACAUCUCUGGCUCUGGAUCACGCUUUUGGCAGUUGGGGUACUUGCCGGGAUUGCCAUACCUGUAGGUUGUAUUUUCCUAGGACGCCGGGACGAGCAAACUACAACACCGGGGAACCCUUCUCCUACCCCUGGGACGGGCCCUCCUGCAGGCCCUCCUGUAGAAGGUCCGGUCCAGAUAUUCGCCAUGCGGCACGCGGAGAGCUGCAAGAACGCCAACAUCCCCCAGUGGGGCGGGGCAAGAGACCCUCCCCUGACGAACGACAGCCAGGGCCACGGUCGCCAAAUGGCGUUCGAAGGCGGGCGAAAGUUUGCGGCGACGUAUCCUGAGUUGAUGAAAAAGAGGCAGAGCUUUGUGUUUCUCGUCAGUCCCAUGAGAAGAACCCUGGAAACCGCGAGUGAAUUCAUCAAAGGCUUAGUUUCCGACGUGUCCGGUACUAACGGGUACGGGGUAUCCCCAGUAAAUUUCCUGUAUAUGUACAAAUGCGGUUUCUGCAUGAAAAGCUUCCUUUUAAUUCGAUUCGGCAUGACAAGUGGCAUGCUCCAAGUUGGUCAAAUUUGUGAUGCAUUUUGUACAUGUGCAGGAAAUUUGUAUUGCAUACGGGGUUAAAGAAGACUACAUGGGAGCGAGCAAGAUUUACCUCGCCCCCGAGCUUCGAGAAACCGCAAAAGGUCAGACACAGCCGCCCUACUCAAGCAUACCCUCUGACCUCGGAACCAGUGUUACAGAUUGGGCAAAACCAGACCAGGACGCGAAUGUGUUCAGUGGGGAGACUUUUUUCUUGGGCAACGAUAAUACAGCUGAUGAAGAACAAAAGAAGAAUUACUCGUGGCUGCAAAAACGACCCUCGGACCAGCAAAUUUGGCCAGAUGAAAGAGGCGGUAGAUACUUCGGCGAAGAGAUUGGGAAAAACCAAAACCGCAGCUUCGAGAAUCUUCUCACCAGCUUAAAAACCGACGCGCGGUUCGAAAAAAAAAUUGUUUUCCUGGUGUCCCACAGCAACACUAUGUUCAAUGCGUUUGAACACAUUUUGCGCUGGGACAAGAAAGAGAUGACAAGGCGGGCCGCAGACCCUGCUCUGAACUGGUACAGGACAAAUGCCAUUUGGAAGCAAUCUGUGCCACUCGAAGUCGACAUGACCACGGUGAAGAACGGCCAGAAAGCCACGGCCACAUUCUCUUUCGCUCCGGACCGGUACAGAUGAUUGGCACGGAGAAGAAACUGAGAAUGUUCUUGGACUGCGGACGCAUAUUAUUGAGUGCCGCCCUUACCCUUUAUCGACGCAGGGCUUCUAGGUCCAGCUCCGUUUUCUCAUGUAGAUGUAUGAGUAUGAUGAUAUUUUUUACCUCGCCUACAGGGCAUUCAAGAGGAGUACUACACCACACCAGUUGCAAAUAGCGUUACCAGUUGCGGCGAAAUUCAGUGCUACAUUCUUCAAAACGAAUUCAAAUUUGUGAUGCGAAACACAGGCAACUUCUGAAAAAAUGUUGCAAUGUGAUCGUGAAAGAGGAACUGCAGCACUUGAAGAAAAUUUUUUGAAGCGACAUCUUGAACAAACAGCUGCAGGGCCGCAUUAUAAUAGUAGGCUUUGAUGUGGAACUUCUUUCAUAAGGUUUAGGCCGACGCUCAAGGCCCCAAGUGUAACGCUACAGCGCGAGUAGAAAGAAGCGACAAGCAGCAAAAGCUUUCUCUUUUACGUGUGGAGUGUCUUCAGCCAGUCUGCAGCCAGUCUGCUAAAACGUCAAACAUUCCGACAAGCGCUGGCGCGCGCUGUCUUCCUGCUCGACUACAAGGCGCUGCUGCUGUUUGUGUCGCGCAUCACAACAAAGCCCAUGGCGCCUGCGUUUACAACAUUCCUUGCAGAGGCCUGGGUCUGUGCUGCUCUCUGCAUCUGAAAGGCAUUUUUUCGCCUGUGGUAAAUACCCUGCCCUGGACGAGAAAUCGGAUUUUCUUUGUCUCUUUUUUGCUUCAUGUUGGCAUUUAAGUGAGUGCUGCCUGGAGCUUGGUUAGAGAGACAGGGCGCGGACGACGUCCACUAUGACUACCUGUUCCUGUUUUCACUAACCAAGCAGAAAGCACCUGCAGACAAUAGUUUCAAAUUUGGCCUAGCAGCAAUUUAAAUCAGCCUUGCCCCACGACGCAGUCGUGGGGAGUGGUUCUUACUAACUAAAGCAACUUUGUUUCUCUGCUCGCUCGCCCGCCUAGGUGAGUCUACCUCCUAAUGGGAAACGUAUAGAUCCGAUUACGUUUACGAUCGCAUAAAUGUAUAACUCAGCGCUAUUGAUAUGGUGGAGACUACUACAUGUUUUCUUUUUGAAAGCUCGUCAUCUAAGGUUUUUGAAAUGAAGUCGUCAUCUAUAGGUUUUCAAAAUGAAGAAAUGAGUGCCGACAUAUGUUGAGGCAGUGAACAUUUUUGUGGCAAACCAAAUUCCAAUUCGUCCAAUCAUGGGAUUGGGAAAAAAUUCUUUCGCUCCGGACCGGUACAGAUGAUUGCACGGAGAAGACACUGAUGAAAAUGUUGGACCACUGCGGACGCAUAUUAUUAAGUGCCGCUCUUUAUCGACGCAGGGCUUCUAGGUCCAGAACCGGAACUGCGCUUUCUCAUGUAGAUGUUGUAUGAUAAUAUUUUUUACAACCCCGCCUGCAGGGCAUUCAAGAGGAAAACUAGUACUACACAACACCAGUUGCAAUACAUAGCGUUACUACACAACAACUCUGUUUCUCUGGUCGCUCAUGCGCCUACGUGAUUCUACCUAGCAGACGGGGAAUGGGAAACGUAUAGAUGCGAUUACGGCAACAUAAAUGUAGUAAGUGCUAUUGAUAUGGUCGUGUUGCCUCAAGGUUUUUGAAGGUUUUGGAAAUGAAGUUAUCAUCUAAAGGUUUCUGAAAUGAAGAGAUGAAUGUUGAAAGAUGUUGAGACACCGAAUAGAUAUUGUGGCAAUCCAAAUUCGUCCCAUCAUGGGAAAAAAUUGUUCGCCACUUAUUUUUACAAUGCCCC